GCGUAUGCGAAAAUGGAGCAGGUAAAAAUAACGCAGACGGAGGUGCGCAAUUGCCGCUCGCCAGCUCACAUCUGCUGCUGCUGUUAGAGCAAAAUAAUUGUUUUGAGUGCCUGAAAAACAACCCAAGGUAGCCCAAGGACAGAUGAUGAGAGCUUUGAGGAAAUCUUUAUAAACAGCAUUUCUGGCGCUGUUCGUCCACCAUCCAAUUUGUUUGUGUUGUUUAUCAGUUCCUCGGCUGUUUAUUUUUCUAUAUACUUUCUGUGCUUAAUAGUUAAUAUCACUGCUCUUGUGGACUACCUCUUGCCACUUCUCUAAUACUUUAUUUUUUUAGUCAGCUCAUACUGACAUCUUCAUUGCCUAAACAAUGAAGUUCUCUUCGAUCGUCAUGUCGGCAGCUGCCAUUGGCAUGUCUGCCGUUGGUAUCACCAACGCUCAGCAGAACCAGGCCGCUUGCUCCAGCGUUUACACCCGUAAGGAGCUCCUGAGCCUGACCCCCAGCGAGUGGACCCUGUACAAGGCAAUUCUGACUGCUAUGCAGAGAGACGGAUGGUUUGCCUGGUUCUCGUACCUGCACGUCCAGUGGUUCAGCCAGAUUCACGGUAACAGCCAGUUCUUCCCCUUCCACCGUCGCUUUGUCCAAGAUUGGGAGCGCGUCGGCAGAAUGUACAACUCUGGCUUUGCCCAGCCGUACUGGGAUGAGAUGCGUGACUACCGCACUCCUGCCACCUCGCAGGUGCUGACCGCCAACUGGAUCGGCGGCAACGGCGCGGGUACCAACCGCUGCGUUACCAACGGUGUGCAGGGCGGCUGGACCAUGACCUAUCCCAACAGCCACUGCUUCUCGCGCAACUUUGCCAACAAUGGCAACCCUACUUCGUGGUACUCACCCGAGUACAUCAACUCGCUUGUUCAGAAGAACAGCAACAUGGCCACUUUCCGUUCCGACAUGGAGUACUCACUCCACGGUGUUGUUCACAUUCACCUGGGUGGCGACAUGUACCAGGGUCACAGCCCCAAUGACUGGGCCUUUAUGCUCCACCACGCUAACCUCGAUCGUCUGUGGUGGCAGUGGCAGCAGCUCAACAACCAUCUGUGGACCAUGGAUGGACCCAACUCCGAUGGCGGAGCCACUACCCUGAACACCAACAUUGCCUACUUCAACGAGCCCAUCCGCAACGUUAUGCAGCUUGGCUACGUACUUCCCCGAGACUGCCAAGACACACCAUAUCAAUGCCUCUGCUCUGUCGCUGCUGCUAUUGCCAAUCUUUCCAACUCUGAUAUUAAGGCGCCCAUUGCUGCCGCCGCUGCCAUUUUCGCCAACUCUCCCAUCGCCGCUCAGGUUCAGAGCCUUAUUACCUCUAGACAGCGCAGGCGCAUCCCCCGCCCCGCUGAAAUUACUGAUGCGUGGGCCAAGAUGCACAACUACAACGCUGCUGACGUUGCUCGUGUUAAGAAGGAGGCGCGCGACUUUGUCGACGACAUGGCCAAGAUCAAUUACGAGUCGCCCUUCUAA